AUGGGGCAGACUGAACCAGUGAAAAGGAAGAAGGUGUAUUACAGCUUUAGAAGCAGGGAGCGGUCAUUAGCAGCUCAGAGUCGACAAGAAUCGUAUGUGGAUAAUCGACGUCAACGAUUAGGGUUCCAGAUUGGUGAUUGGGUAAUUCGAAGAGCGUCAGCCACCGAGGGUGUUAUGAGAUUCGGAAAAAAAGGGAAGCUUAGUUCGAGGCAUGUUGGACCUUACCAGGUCGUCCAUAAAGUAGGCGAGGUUGCCUAUAAAUUAGACCUACCGUUCGAUUUGGGAGCAGUGCAUCCAGUUUCCACGUGCCUAUGCUUCGCGAAUGGAUUGGUGACCGCUUCCGAAAUGCGUCUUAUAGGCGACAUCCAGGCGACAGAGGAAUUAGCCUACGAGGAACAGCCUAUAGCCAUAUUGGAUCGUCAG